UAGUCUAUGUUUAACAACUAACUCUAGAUAUUUCUCAUUAUUUCUUCUCUCUACUUUCUAAUUUUCACCAAUUAUUUCCAGUGGAAAUUUUUGCCGAAUUGAAAUUGUUGAUAUCGACAUAUAAUAAUAAAUAACCAAUAAUAAUAAUAAAUAAUUCUUCAGCAAUUCUGCAUAUGUUUUAAUUAAAAUCUGAUCUAUACUUAUUAUAAUAAAGAUAAAAUGUCAAAACGUCCAGAAUAUUUAGCUCCACCUGAACUGUUUUACGAUGAAUCCGAAGCUCGAAAAUAUACUCAAAAUUCUCGCAUGAUAGAUAUACAAGAGCAAAUGUGUAAACGUGCUCUAGAACUUCUUUUACUACCACAUGAUAAAAGUAUUUUACUCUUAGAUAUUGGUUGUGGCUCAGGAUUAAGUGGCAAUGUAAUUGAGAAAUACGGACAUAUAUGGAUAGGAAUUGAUAUAUCUCAUGCAAUGCUUGAAAUAGCUUUAGAAAGAGAAGUGGAUGGAGAUUUAAUUUUAGGAGAUAUGGGUCAAGGAAUGCCAUUUAAAGCAGGAAGUUUUGAUGGAGCAAUAAGCAUUUCUGCAUUACAAUGGUUAUGUAAUGCAGAUAAAAGUACUCAUAAUCCUUCAAAACGAUUAUACAAAUUUUUUUCUACAUUAUUUUCAUGUUUAUCAAGAUCAGCUAGAGCUGUGUUUCAAUUUUAUCCUGAAAAUAGCGAACAAAUUGAAUUAAUUACAACACAAGCAACAAAAGCAGGUUUUUAUGGGGGUGUAGUUGUUGAUUUUCCAAACAGUACCAAAGCAAAAAAAUAUUUUCUGGUAUUAAUGAUAAAUGGAUUUUCUAUUCUUCCACCAGCUUUAGGUGUUAAUGAUGUUGAGUCAGUUAUAUCUUAUACAUCUAGAAGAGAACAAAUAAAAAAGGUCAAAAAUAAAUCUUUAAAAAAUAGUAGAAAUUGGAUUAUGGAAAAAAAAGAAAGACGUCGAAAACAAGGAAAGAAAGUACGAGAAGACUCAAAAUAUACAGGAAGAAAAAGAUGUGGAAAAUUGUAAUAUUUUUUUGAUUUAUAUAUUUUUAAUUUCUGUUUCAAAAAAAUAAAUAUUUAUUUAUUUAUUAAAUUUGUUAUCUAUUAUAUCUAUUUUUUUAUUUCUUAUAUUUUUAAUUGUGUUUAAAAUGCACUUAUAUAAAAAAGAAAAUUUCAAUAUUACAAAAUUAAAAAUCAUUUAAAUAUUUAAUUUAUUGUAUAAAGAGAAAUACAUAAUUGAUAAUUCUACACAUUCUAUAUAUAUAUUCUAAGACUUUAUAUUUUAUACUCUAUAAUCUAUAAUCUAUAAUGAUUUAAUCAGGUAAUAAGAAUUUAGACAAACUUUUAUAAACAUCAGGAUGUGUGGUUUUUUUAAGUUCUUUUCUAUCUAAC